CCUGCGCCCGCACCCUCCGACACGCCCAAACGCCGCCCCGACGAUGCGCGCCGCCUGCGCCGGGUCAAGGACUCGAGAGAGCAGCUCAAGAGCCGGUCCCGCGCGCGCGGCGCCAGCAAUGCCACCAUCGACACCACCACGAGCAACUCGACCGCCGGCGGCCGCUCCUACACCGUCGCCAACGUCCACAACGGCGUCAUAUACCUGAGGCCCGUCGUCCGCCCGGGCAACUACCGCGGCCGCCCUCCCCCCGAUACCUUUGUCUUCCCGCCCCAGACGCCCCCCGACAGCGCCACGCGCGACACGCUGCGCCCGCUGAGCGAUGAAUUCGAAAACAGCCUCUACGGCCCACGAACCCCUUACUCGGAACCCUCGCCACCCUUGGCCGACGUGAGCGAGGGCCAUGUCUCGACCCAUUAUCCCCACCCCCAUCACCACCGUCACCACGAAUCCACCAGCCGCCCCCUCGCCCACGUGCGCUCCCACUCCUUCUCCACGGCCGACGACCACGCCGCCGCCGCCGCAAUUGCCCACGAGCCCGGCACCUUCAGGGUCAUCAUUGAGCGCCCCGCACACGGCCGCCCCAAGACAGCUGACACGUCGUUCCCGCUGUUGCAAGUCCCCAUCCCGCACUACCGCCUGGGCACUCCGCGUUUCAGUACGCGCGGGACGGUAGAUCUGCGCAGUUCAGUCUACACGGGCACCUCGGCCGGCGUCGACGACUUUGCCAAUUCCCUCAUGGCCCCGCAAAUGAGCGCCCGCCAGUCCUUCAUGUCGUCGCGCACGCGUUCAGAUGCCUAUUCGCCCGUCCCCCACCGCUUCCGCCCCACCAUGGACCGCCCCCCCAUUGCGCUUUCCGGCCCUUCGUCUGCCCGUGUCUCCCACUCGCCAAUCAGCCCGAGGCUGUAUGAUGCACUCACCAUCAACCCCGACGACCGCGCCGUCGUGCGCUUCAACUCCAAUGGCGACAUCCUCGCUGCCACGCCCUCACGCCUCGUCGCCCACAUCACCUCGCCCAGUUUCCUCGAUUACGAAUUGCUCUCUGACUUCUUCCUCACCUUUCGCGCCUUCUUGUGCACACGCGACCUGGUUGCAUAUCUCAUUUCCCGACUGCGGUGGGCCGUUGACCGGCAAGAUGACUUUGGCCGCAUUGUUCGCGUGCGCACAUUUGUCGCCCUCCGCCACUGGAUCCUCAAUUACUUUGUCGACGAUUUCAUGCCCUUUUACCACUUACGAGUCAAUUUCUGCGACAUGGUCAAUAGCCUCUACAAUAGUCUACGAGCCCGCUAUGAUGGCGGCGGCGGCGACAUCAAGAUUGUGGGCGAGCUGAAGAAGUGCUGGAGACGAACUUGCGCAUUGUACUGGGACACGGACGACGGCUUUGGCCACAACUUUUCAGACGAUCCAUUGCUUCCAGGCGGCCAAGAGGGCUCACACAUGUCGUUUGAUGAGCCCUCUCCGGUCCAGCCACUGCCCAGCACACCUCCCCGAGUGCACAUACGAGACACCAAGGAGACAAUUGGAUCCAACCCGAGCGACCACUUUGCCAGCCGACACAUGGACUGGGCGCAAAGAGUUCGCCAUACACCUCAGAAUUCAAUGGGCUCCCCCUUGAUAGCAUCACAGGAAUACGAGACUACGCAGCCGCCCGUGUCGCCCGCAAGCGAGCAGAGCAUCCAUGUCUUGUCCUGCUCUCUUCCGGUGAGGGCGUCGCAUAAGCAUGAAGCGUCGGUGGAACUACCUCUGUAUCCACACCCCGUACCGGCCGCCAAUUCAGCCGGUAGUGGCACGGCCCGGAUAACAUCGAGUCCACAGCAGCCAGCGUCGUUGAAGAACAGCCAGCGCCCAGCUCGUGCCCACAAGCGCAGUGGCAGUUUCUCGGAUGCCCUCCGAGACAGCAGAGCGCCACUGUCGAUCCCCAAGAACCCGUCGACCGACUAUGCCAUCUCUGCUGUGGCGAAUAUGCCUGGCACGCUUGUGCGUGGUGGGCUUAUUCACCCAACCACCCCGUACUUUGAAACCAAACCGCUACGACCCACGCGAUCUCAGUACCUCAAGGAUUCUGAAGAUGCAGAUAAUGAACUUCAGCAGCGACCGGGACAGGCCAAUUCACCAGGCAUGAAGAAGAUAUUUGGCAGUGUACGUCGUGCUCUAAGCACUCGGCAGCAACCGAGUGGCUGUCCUUUGAGCGGGUCCCCACACCAACGACAAUCACCCUACGUGCGAUGCUCAAAUCCAGGCACGUCUUCGACCUUGUCGGUCUCGGGAGGAGUUCAGAAGCGCCGUGUUGCUCGACCGAGGCCCCAGAUACGAGUUGAUCUUCUAGCCGCCACAGUCGCAGAUAGUUUUCAAGCAGCAGUACGCGAGCAGCUUGAAAGCGAGGGCCAUGAGCAACCCGGCGGCGAGAGCCCUAGUCUCGGCGGUUUCCAAUUCGAAUUUGACGAGCGUGGUAACCCAGCCAAGAGCACGCAGCAACCUCGUCGUAAGCCGGAUCCCCGUGUGCACAGCAACAUCACCAACGGGAGCAAGUCGAUAGUCAUCAUUGACGACACGGGAGCCCCUCCUUUGCCCAAGGCAGACGCCGCUCCGGGUGAAGUUAACCAACCGGCGAUAAAACUGGAAGACGACCAACAAGGAGCGUCUAGCCACGUGCGUUUAGCGGACGAUGCCAACUCGAUCCAACACUCGUUUCUCUACAACGAUCCAGAGCCCCAUUCUGCUGCAGACGAGUAUCGCCUCUCCCGCACUCUCACCAGGCAAUCCUACCCAGGAGAGAGGCGGUCCAUGUCGGCAGGCCCAGAAGGGAUGCAUUCUUUCCGACGCAAGGGCUCCACCAAGAAUUCCAUAGCACGCGGGGGCUCUCUUCGUCGCCAUGCUUCUUACGGCAGUGUGCUCAGCAGAAGAAGAGGGCCGGCGAGUAUUGCUACCUUUCAGACCAUGUCAUCUGACAAUGAUCCCUUCUUUCUUGAUCGUCAGCCGGCGGCUGAAGCUGCUGGUCCCGCACGACAGCUCCGCCGACGGCCAGGUGGCGACCUCCGCGCUGCAGACAAUGUCCACGAUCUCGAACACAUGCAGCGACCGCACUCUACCGGCUCAAUGUCGAACCACACACAUUCCAUCACCAAUUCGGUGAUUCUGCGGUCCGAUCGUUUUCUCGACUCGCAACCAGAUUUUCUCCGUCAAGUUGAAGGGCCACCCGAAGCGGAAACUCCGAGGAAGCCAAUCUCAUUGGUGGAUACACACUCGUCCCAACCCAACCUAAGACCGUCUUUCGAGGCUGAAGUGGCAAAGCUUGCUGCCUUGCCAGACGACACGGACGACGAAGGCGGGGUCGAGUCAGCACUGAUGAAGUUGGAAGGGCGGUACGAGAAGAAAUCACCCAGUGCACCCACGCAAAGAAACACGGUUGACUUGGGGCAACAUCUGGCAGCGUUCGAGCAAAAUUCUUUUGGCGUUGCUUACGAGCAACACAACCGCCCUGCUACCGAUGAUGUCUUCCACCGCCCCUUGGCUCCUCCCGAAACAGACGGCCAAGGCAUGUACAGACUGUCGGCUGAGAACUUCAACAGCCAUGUGCCUCCGGUCACGUCGGUAGGCCAAUCGACCGACUCGUACUCUUCCAUACCCCUUCUCGACCGGGGCUUUGGUGAGAUGCCGACUCCAGAGCAAGCGCAGAUGCUGGAGAGUAUGACAUCUUCGGCUAAGCCUUCGCCCCUGAAAAUUGGCAGUUUUUCGUUUCAAUCUGCCCGACAACCUGAUAGGCUUUCUCCAAUGCAUUCGUCCAUGGUACAUGUUACGGAGACGGAUAGUAUGAGGAGGAUUCCCACUGGUGAAACGCUCCCAGCGCAUACCUAUGUCCGCGAGUCGUUUCUGCUGGACGAGGAUGAGGACUUUAGUGAUGUGGGAUUUGCAUCCGCAGCCAACUCGGGCGAUGACAGCCAUGGUGUGAAGAGUUUCUUCGGGGAUGAGCCAGCAACUCUUGAGGGUGACGCGGACAAUUUGCCAGCCCAUCCCAUGCGCCACCCACCCACUCCACCUCCUACAGCGCCUCAAGUAAACGACGACUUGCACAACUCGACCGUCUUUGAUGAAGGCCUCCCGACGCCAGGUCUUACACCCACCGUCUCACGCUCGAAUCAACAAGGAAGCCCAAACCCUGAGCGUCCAGUCGGUUCCUCGGAUGGGCCACAAAACAUGCACCAGCCUGCCACUUCACCACCAACCGCACAUCUGCCUUUUAUCUUUGCAUAUGACUCGGAGAUGCUCGCUCAGCAGUUCACCAUUGUUGAAAAGGAUGCACUGGAUGAGAUUGACUGGAAAGAGCUCAUCGACCUCCGCUGGAAGCAAUCCUCGCCGCAGAUCCGCGACUGGGUCCAGUAUCUACGAACGGAAGAAGCCAGAGGGGUUGACGUCGUCAUUGCACGCUUCAACCUCGUUGUCAAGUGGGUCGUGUCCGAGUGUCUUCUCAUCGAGGAUAUUCGUGAACGCGCCCAAUGCAUUACGAAAUUCAUUCACAUUGCAACCCAUGCGCGACGAUACCGCAACUACGCCACCAUGUAUCAAAUCGCAAUUGCGUUGAUAUCCAACGACAUUUCGAGCCUCAAGAAAACAUGGGCUUUAGUGCCCGCAGCUGAGGUGCUGGUCAUGACCGAAUUGGAGGCGCUAGUUCAGCCCAUGAAGAACUUCCACAACCUCCGGCUCGAGAUGGAAACAGCCACCGUCGAGGACGGUUGUAUUCCAUUCAUUGGUGUCUACACCCGCGAUCUCAUUUACAAUGCGCAGAAGCCGCCAUUCAUUGACGCACCCCCAGUUGAUGGCGAGCGCCUCGUCAACUUUGACCGCUAUCACAUGGCGGCCACGAUUGUCAAAAACCUCCUUCGCCUUCUCGAGGCCAGCUCCAAGUACACCUUCAAGGUCGAACCGCACAUUCUCAGCAAAUGCCUCUGGCUGGCUGCGCUUAGCGACGAAGAGAUUACCAGGCGCAGUCGCCAGUGUGAAUGA